AUGCACUCCGCACUCACCGGCUUGCCCCCCUGGAGCCCUGCCCACCCACCCACCCUCCACCCACCCACCCAGGUACGGCUGAUUGGGACGUUCGCCGACGCUCGCCACACCGCCUACCUCGUGCUCGAGCUGCUGCCCGGCGGGGACCUGUUCGCGCAGGUGGUUGCGCGCUGGCAGCCGACCAACGGGGCGCCGGCGGAGGGCUACACGGAGGAGGGCGUGCGCGCGUUGCUGCGCAUGGCCCUUUCCGCCCUCGCCUUCAUCCACGCCCGGCGGGUGGUGCACCGCGACAUCAAGCCGGAGAACCUGCUGCUGCUCGACCGGCGCGGCGGCCUGCUCGACUUGCGGCUCUGCGACUUUGGCGCCGCGCAGGUGCUGCCGCUGCCGACGGGGGGCGCGGCGGGCGGCGGGGGCUACUUUGCGCCCCCCACCUCGCCGGGGUUGCACGCCGAGGGCUUCGCGUCGGACGUGUGGUCGAUCGGCGUCAUCCUCUUCGUGCUUCUGUCUGGCCAACAGCCGUUUGCGGCCGAGGACGAGGAGGUCGAGGCGCAGCUCGUCCUCCGCGGACGCUGGACCUUUGGCGCGGCGACGUGGAGGGACGUGUCGUCGAGCGCAAAGGGCCUCGUGCGGGCAAUGCUGACCGGCGACCCCGCCCGCCGCCCGACCGCUAGCGAGGCGCUGCAGCACGCUUGGUUC